AUGGACCCAAACUACAAAGCCCGGAAAGAGGCCUUCGUGUCGGACCUCUCCGGAGGAAGUAUACUGGAAAUCAACGCAGUCACUUUGGUCGCACCGGUCGCUUUUUUUCUGUGGUCUGUCCUUCAAUCCCGCCUGUCGUUCUUCGCGCCGUACAGUGCUGCCGCAUUUGUCGUCGACUUCCUACUGAACGUAACGGCCAUCUUAUUCGCAACGACAUUAUAUUCUUCUGCUCCUCUGCUCUUAAACCUCCUCAUCGCAUCUCCUGCCUUCCUCCUGCUCCGCAAUAGCCCUCGUUCGCACGCUCAAAAAGCCAAACCCCCACAAAGAGAAGCCUCGAGCAAAUCACACGAUGCUACAAAUCAGCUCGAGUCCCUACCAAUCCACCCGUUUCUCACAAUCUACCGCGCCGCCAUGAUGAUCAUCACCUGCGUUGCUAUACUGGCGGUCGACUUUCGCGUCUUUCCCCGCCGCUUCGCCAAGGCUGAGAACUGGGGAACAUCGCUGAUGGAUUUGGGCGUGGGCUCGUUUGUGUUCUCCGGAGGAGUAGUAUCUGCUCGCUUGCUUCUCAAGGGCAGGAGCAAUCAGGCUAAGAGGAUACCGUUGUUGCAGAGGUUUAUAGCGUCAACCCGCCAUUCCAUUCCACUGCUGGUUCUGGGUUUGAUACGGUUGUACAGUGUCAAGGGUCUCGACUACGCGGAACAUGUGACAGAAUACGGCGUGCACUGGAACUUCUUCUUUACCAUCGGGCUUCUGGCCCCGUUCGUGGAGAUCUUCGAUACCUUGGCUGCCUUUAUCCCGUCAUAUGAGGUCCUUGCUCUGGGAAUUGCUGUUCUGUACCAGGUCGCUUUGGAAUCAACUGACCUGAAAUGGUACAUUAUGGUUGCAGACCGUGGGCUAGAUCUACUGUCCAAGAACCGGGAGGGUGUCUUCUCCUUCUUGGGUUAUCUGGCCAUUUUCCUAGCUGGUCGGGCGAUUGGCGCCCGUAUCAUGUCCCGGGGCACGGCAAAGACACUGCAGCAAGCAAGAAAGAGCGUUCUUGUCCACUUGGGAGUUCAGGCGUUGGCGUGGACGGCCCUUUUCGUACUCAACUCCACCUACGCGGGAGGCUAUGGGGCCAAUAUUCCAGUCUCGCGACGCCUCGCAAACAUGCCAUACGUUCUCUGGGUUUGUGCGUUUAAUAAUGCGCAGCUCUUCCUCUUCUGCCUCAUCGAGACCAUGUUCUUCCCGGUACCUCGGACACCGUCUAAGGAGGGCGAAGCGGAGCGCACUUCAUCCGCGACCAGCCCGAUCAUGGCGGCGUUCAAUAAGAAUGGCCUCGCGAUCUUCCUUCUUGCGAAUCUCCUCACAGGAGCAGUAAAUCUAAGCAUUCCUACCCUCGACGUCAGUACGGUUCAAGCCAUGGUGGUCUUGGCGGGAUAUGCGGCAAUUCUGACAGGAGUUGCGGUGGGAUUGGACAAAGCCAACAUCAAGUUGACGAUUUGA